GUUGAUGUUGAGCAGAAGACGCGGCGGCCGUCCAUUGUUUGCGUGAAUAGUAAUAAUAGUUGAAUACUUUGUUGAUAGACUGAAAGUUAAUGUGCCACUGUUUUCACUUGUGAACCUACGUAUAUUUUGUUAAUUUCCAUGAAGCGUUGGGUUUUCAUGCAUCGUGUCUAUGCAAUCUCAAAAAGCAAGCAAUCACACGAUGAACAGUAAUAAUUUGAAUUUCAAUGUGCUGUCCAAUGGCCAACCAGCAAUUCAAACAGUAGGGUAUGGGUUACCUCAAGUGGGGUUACAGCAAAAUGUUCAAUAUGUUUAUGGUCCAGGAUUUCAGUUUCAAAAUAGUGUUCAGGGGAUGGACUUUUGCCUCCCCAAUCAACAGUUUGUUACCCCUCCAGGACAAGCCUAUACUUGCAUUAAUCAAAAUGGGAUGACAUAUUUAGCGAUAACCCCAAACAUCCAGCAACCAUCACCUCAGUGUUAUCAAGCAAUUGAAACACCUCAGGGAUUGCAAUUGUUUCAAGUGAUUAACAAUCCAAUGAAUUUUGGUCCCUUAUGUGUUCAAAAUAUUCCACAAGCUCAAGGUUUUCUUCCCCAAUUCGCACCUUACCAACAAGAAGCUGUAGAUUUACGGUCAAAUUCUCCUGCAACUCAAAAUGGAAAUUUGCCCCCACCAGCAGUGCAAGAAUAUUGCCAAGAUAAUUGUGCCCAAGAAAUGGAAACUACUGUGGAAGAAAACCUCAAUCAAGAAGGUGAAUUUCAAGAAACUGAUGAUGAGGAAGAGACCUACGAAGAGCCAAACGAAGAGCCAAAUAAUGUUGAAGGAUGCCAUGAAUCUGAAAUGAAUCAAAAUCUGCAAGCUAAUGAAGAUCCUCUUUCUGCGUUAACUUCGUUAACAUCAUCCAUUUUGACCUCAGCAGUCAAUGUGUCUAACUCAAAUAUGUUUGAUGUGUACAAGAACAUGCAAAACUCAUUUUCCCCUCACAUUCCUGUGCCCCCACUUGGUACUCAACUGGGGGCACAGCAAGUAUUGGGUCUUCCUGAUCAGCAAUUUCCUCCCAACACGCGAGCAUUUCAGGUGUUGGUCCCUACACCUCAAGGAAUGGCUAUUCAGACAGUUGUAGCCAGUUAUCCAGAAAGUUUCUCGCCAAUAAUUACAAGUGACCCACCAGGUCCCAGAAAUAAUACUUUCAUGAAUUUGGAUACUGGGUUGAAUCCGAACCUGUUGACUCAGCCUCUGCCACUGCCGGAAUCUCCAAUAAAUUAUUCUCUCCUUAAGGCAAACGAAAGCAAUAAGGGAAAUACAGCAACACUCCCUGUAAAUGGACUAAUUAAUGAUGGAAUUAUUACUUCUGCUGCCACGACAAUCCAAGUGAAAUCUAGUCCAUGUCACUCUACCACAGUGAACAAUCACCCGACGUGUUCAGGAUCGGGGCCUUCAGCUGCCUCACCUCUGCCGAAAGCCCCUCCGUCAAUUCAGCAACCCAUGCCUUCUCCUCACUGUUUACCGGACUCUACCGAAGAUCUCUGCCAACCGACCAUCAAACAGUCGACGUCAAACAUAGUAGACGGUAUAGACUUGGAAGAUAUCCGGGAGUUUGCUCGCACGUUCAAGGUUCGCCGGCUAGUCUUAGGUUUGACGCAAACGCAAGUUGGACAAGCUCUCUGCGCUACAGAAGGUCCAGCAUACAGUCAAUCUGCAAUUUGCAGGUUUGAGAAAUUGGAUAUUACUCCACGCAGUGCCUUAAAGAUUCGACCAGUGCUUGAAAAUUGGCUGCGUGAGGCAGAAGAGAAGCAUCAACAAGGCAAUCUACAGCAAAUCGCUGGGAUGGAUUUCAUCAAUAUUUCGGCUAUUGGCAAAAUCCGCAAGCGGCGAACUUUCUUUAGUCCGGAAGCACUUGUCGUACUCAAUAGUCGCUUCGAGCAAAGCUCACAUCCAUCAGGUCGUGAAAUCAACAGCAUCGCACAGGAAAUUGGUUAUGAACGUGAUGUUGUCCGCGUUUGGUUCUGUAACAAGCGUCAAUCGCUGAAACACUGUCAAUCAUUUCAACGAAGUCGUAUUAAUCUCAAGUCAUCCGAUUCAACUGAGGAAGAUCGCAACUCGGCUUCACCGACUCAGCCAUGAGGAUGAACAAAUCUCUCUCUCUCUCUCCCCAAAUUUUGCAUUUCAAAAGUUCCUUGUUAUUAUUUAAGUUUUUCCUUUCUUUUUUUCUCCCGCACCAGUGCAGAUAUUAAGGUGUUGUAUUCAGAAGAUAUGUUUCGUUGUUUGUUAUCCUGUAGAGAGAGAGAAAAUCCGGUCGGAUUUUCCAUCCCUGCAACGUU